UUUCAGAGUCCAAAGAUGAGUUAAAGAUCAGGGGUUUGAACUUAGAAUACUAGAAGACUUGUUCAGUAACAAUGGUGCCCGUAGGAAUGACAUGCGCCCUCUGCAAUGUUCAUUUAACAGCUCCAGAGCAGAUUAAUCAACAUUUCUCAGGAAAAAAGCACAUAAAAAGACAACACCAGGAGUAUAAUAAAGAGAAGCAAGAGGGCAAGACUAUUUAUGUAACCAGACUGAAGGAACUAAAUGUAUCCUCAGUUCAGAUUUACAUGGCUCAGUUUGGGACAGUUGUAAACAUACUGGUUGGAUGGGAUAGAAAUUUUAAGGAUAGGUUGCACCAUCUGAUUGUGGAGUUUGAAUCCAAGGAAUCCGUCAUACAGAUUCUCUCGAGAGAUAUGAGGAGCAAACACAAUAUUCAAAUCCCGGACACUUCCCCACCACGCUUUCAGCAGAUACACGUAGAAGAAAGGAGUUUCAAAGCAAUGCGUAGAUCACCAAGUCCCCCCGCCUGUCCUGGCGUAAACCUGAAUGAGAUCAAGCUACAGCUCUCACUAAUCUUUGAUCCAGAGGAUCAGAUUCAGGAGAUAGUUUCCCUUACUCAGCUAAAUCAGGAAGAUAUAGAAGAAAGGAGUGAUAUGUGUGAAAAUAUAAGGAAAACGUUUGCCCGGAACGGAUACCCUGGCUGCAGCCUUCUACCAUUCGGAUCCACAGUAAAUGGUUUAGGGUUCAGGGGAUGUGAUCUAGAUGUGUAUCUUGACCUAGGGGAUAUACCCUGGGGCCCUAGUUCAAGAAACCCCCUGAUCAGUGUACCUGUCACGCUCACGGAAGUUCAAAAGGUGCGGCUUGCAGCUCGACUCCUUAGACAAAUCCCUCAGUGCUGUAAAAUAGUUCCUAUUACAAGCGCUAGAGUCCCAAUAGUAAAGUUUGUGCACAAGAUAUCUGGAAUCAACUGUGAUAUAUCGUUUAAAAGUCGAGCUAGCAGCUUAAACUCGGAGUAUAUAAGGUUUUGCACCGAGUUUGAUUCUAGGGUUAGACCUCUCAUGAUGACAAUCAGACUCUUCUGUAAAACGUAUGAUUUAUCUGGUGGAGGCGGGGGUAUGCGUAUAUCCAACUAUGCUCUAACUAUGCUGGUCAUCUUCUACCUUCAGCAGCUUCAUCAACCUCUCCUUCAUUCAGUUCAUCAGCUACAACAACACAUAGAGGGUUCUUAUGAAAUGAUCAGUGGUUGGAACUGUUCAUUUUCUUCUGAUCCCAGUAAACUACCCUCUCUACCUGUUAAUAAACAAGGUAGGAGUACAUGUAAACUACCCUCUCUACCUGUUAAUAAACAAGGAUUGUUGGAGCUACUUCAUGGUUUCUUCAGUUUGUACAGUUGUAUUGAUUUCUCUAGUAACUUCAUCUCUCCCUACCUAGGCAGGCUGGUCACCAGGCACACCCUGCAAACCAACAUACCUCAGGAGUUUUCCGGUUGUCAAGAUUUUCUUGGUGGGAGAGAGAACAGUUUGGAUAUUGAUAGACCUAUUUGUUUACAGGACCCUUUUGAAUUGAAUGUGAACACAUGUAAGGGAUUGCCUGUAAAAGCUGUCUCUAUUCUUCAAUGUUUCUUCAAGGCUGCAACCUCGGUAUGCCAAGAUCUAGUCUCGACAUCAACACAGUCUCCAGGUGGACUGAACCGUCUGUUCGAACUCCAGGUUACACUUCCUAAAGAGAAGACGAUUGGUGACCUUGUGGCUUUAUUCAACCGAGCACCUGGAGUAAAAGUAUACUGCGCUGUUCAGCUCCCCUGUAUUACUGCAGAAGAGAUGAAACCUAACCUGAAAGAUAAUGAUGAUACUAGUCUUAUUGAAACUAAGCCUGACAGUGAUAUACCUGAAUCAGACCUGAACUCUGUGAUAGAUCCUCUGAACCAGGUCCAAGACAUCCUGUACACUAUAUUCAAGACUGUUCUCAAAUUUGAGAUGAUAAACUCUGAUCCUGGAACUGCUAAAGUAGAGAUUGAUAAUACUAGCGAAGACGUAGCUGUCGACAACAUUAUUGAAAAUGAUGCAGAAGCAAAACAAGCCAAUGACAAGAUGCAAACUGAAGAUCAGAUUACAGAAACUGAAGAACGAAGCGAAGAGAUUAAAACAGGAGACAACCAACAGGAUGAGAAUACAGAUGAAGCAUCAAACUCAAAGCGCAAAUCUGAUAUAGAUUUAAAGUUCAAAAAUGGAAAGAAACGACGACAAGAUUCAUUCACCGCAAAUCAUUUCAUAUCUCAGGAUUGGAAGUUGACUGCUCCAGUCUGGAUUUCUAGGAAGAAAGUAUCUGAUUCUAUUCCUGAUCAGAACACAGAACUACAGAGGGAAACUCUGAUCACUGAGCGGAUACUGAAGGAAAUAAACGGGAAGGAGUAUCCAGAAGCUGAGAUAUUAUUCAGAACUUAUCUAGCGAUCAUCCAGGGUUCUCCUUGUGUCGGUCUACAAGUUGUUUCUUCUCACAAGAAAACCUACGAGAGUUUCUUCUUUUGGCUCAGAUCCCAUCUACCUGACCUAUACAAACGGAUUUCAAAAGAUAAAACAAUCAAUCAAAUACAGGCAGUAACCAGCUCAUAAUUCAAGCAAAGAAUAUAUCUGUGAAAUGAUCAGGAUGUGAUCAAAGUUUUCAAUCUUUGCGAAAAGAAAACAUAUUGGUUAACAUUCUAUGUUUUAAAAUUGUCGUUUUUUAGAGCAUCACUAAUUUCUGUUUUUUAAAGAUGUUAUUUUGUUUUCCGUACGAAUAAAAACUAAAAUAAAUAC